AUGACUUCAGCCGCUGAGGACUCACAAACACUGCUAGAUGUGAUUGUGCCUACUGAAAACAUGGGAAGGCCAAGAUUGCCGAAACUAAAGUUUGACAACUGCAUGAAACUUGGACUUGCACUUCAAACAACUAAAGAUGGACUGAUAGGCUUUGUCAAUGAAGGAAUAGCUCAGUUCCGCGUGAACAUUGUACAAAAAUUACAAACGAAAUCAUGUAACGAAUGUCAAACUGAAAAUGUAUUAAAUUGUCCAACGUUUGGUAUCUGUAAACGAAAACAUUGCCAGUUCCAUAACUCUGUUGGGAAACAACCGCGUAAAUGUCCGAGAAGUACAUGCAACAAAUUCAGAGAUCGUAUACAGGAAUCACAUCGGUUCGGGGAUCCCUCGUGGCAGAAUACCGAUGCAACACAAUGGGUAUCUGAUUCAUUUCAAAUUGCAAAGUGUUUCGUAUCAUCCGAUGAGUGUUGUUCAGGCAUUAAUUCGAUAAAGGAACUGGAUUUUGAAGGUAUCCUAAGUAUCAUAAUAAACAACCUUCACUUCCAGAACAAAGUUGCUGCAAACCUUUCGGAAGAGGGUAGUGUUUUUUUCAAGGCCAGGGACAUUGGAAGGAUGUAUCACCAACAUAGUGGUCUUUUUGUAUCGGAUAGAGAUCUUGCUGGUUAUUUCCAUGUGUUAGAAGAUGUGCUGAAAGAUUCAAAAUGUUUGUUAUUUGACAGAAAAGCUCAAAAUGCGGUACAUGAGCUUGAACAGUUGGAAGCAGGCUCCUUGACGAUAAGUACUGGUAGGCUAAUUGCAGUCAUAAAUGAUGCUCUUGCAGUCAAUGAAAGAAAAGCUCCAAAACGCCAGUGCGGCCAAGGUAUGGAAACACUAGAACAAAAUGUACAAAAAGCAAAGUUAGAAUUACUAAUGGAGCUUACUGAUUUCUUUACGUUUCCAGCAAAGAAGUUUAAAUGUUCCCAGAUUGAAACAGUGUUGUCGGAAAGACGACUCUUUAUAGAUGACCUUAAAGAUGCAGUUAAACAGUUUCAGACAGCUUUAGAUAAAGAAAGGUGUACAACGUCAACACAUUUGCCGGGAAAGUCACUGUCUCUUGGAAAGCGGGAUCAAAACACUCGUGAAGAAGCGCCAGGAAGUGAAUCUUCGAAAAGGCCGAGACGGUUUGAGGAAGAUAAAACAGAUGAUAAAGCAUGGAUUCGAUGUGCCAGCCAAACACCACAAGAGGCACUGAAACUUGCAGACAUCUUGUUGAAGAACAAUUCAGUACCGAAGGAAGAGACACUGAAUAGGCUAUGUGUACACUUUGGAAAGAAAAGUAAAUUCUUCUUGCAUCUUUGCAAUCGUAUUUGUGCGUAUAUUAGAAGUAUGAGUAGAAAAAUAGUGCACGUUUACCCUUCAUACCAGAUGUUACAUAAGAACGAAAUAGUCUUUGUCGUGUUUGUUGAGGAGAGUUUGUCAAUUAAAAAUGAAACCAAACUUAGACAAAAUUGUAAGGUCGAAAUAAGAAUGAUAGAUAAAUACAGUUCGGAAGGCAAAUUAGUUAUGAAUAGUAAAGAAAACUAUGACACGGAAUUGUCUGCCCCAGAAAUAGACACAGUAAAACGCUGUCUUGACAAAUUUGCAGCAGAUUUAAUGGAGAAACAUAAAUAUCUUUCACUGAUUAGAGCAAGUCCUGUCCGUUCGAAAGAUUUUGAAACAGGCGAAGGUAAGAUUGUAAAAGAAACUUGUAUUGUUCUGUACGUCCAAACAAAGAACUACAUACCAAUUGACGAAGAACCAUUUCAGUCAAGUUAUGAUGGUAUACCAGUCGACGUAAGGGAAGGUGGUUUCGUUUUAUAUACGUCUCCUAGAGCUUAUGAGCGACAUGAACAUAUCAAAAUGGGAUGCAAGAUAUCACGGGACAAACUAAUAGGCGCUGAGUUUUGUUUUAUGUCUGGCACAUUGGGUGGAUUUGUUCAACAUCCGAAAUAUGGCUUAUGUGGGUUUACUUGUGCCCAUGCUUUGCUGCAUUACUCAGAAUUAGAAGAACUGAAAGACAACGGGGGAAUUCUGCAUUGGCCGCACUUUGGAGAGUUUGAAGCCAUAAGUCAGCCGGAAAAUGCACUUAACAUAUUUGGGCGACUUGUGCAAGCUGUGUAUAAAGAAGGUGCCAACGGUAGUACUGGAGUAGAAGUUGCUCUCUUUCAAAUAGAAAAAAGAUACCCAACUGACGGAGAUUUUCCCUCUUCGCAAACACAAGCAAGCCAAGACUUGCGCUUUGACUCUGGGAAAACGUACGGAUGUUCACGUCUAAACUCCGAUGAUGUUGUCAAAUUUGGAUGUAGAACAAACAAGACCGUUGGAAAAUUUUUAAUGAAACAAGGGGCAACAUGUGUAAGAACUCAAAAGCAUCAUAUAAAUAUACAAAAUAAUUUCAAAGUUACACUAUACAAUCAGCUAGAAGUAAGGUCAGUAUCAGAUACCAGUGGCUUUGCGGACUUUGGGGAUUCUGGAUCGCUAGUUUUUAUGAAAGGGGAACACGACGAGUAUGUUUGUGUGGGCAUGCUAGAAGGUGGAACUUCAGAUGGAACUGCAGUUGUCACACCCAUUUCUCCUAUCUUGGAACAGUUAGAUGUAUCCAAACUCAAAAGCUUCAAGAAAGAAAACCAAGCCCGUGAGUUGCAAGGCAUUCAGCGUGACGUGCGGACGAUUUUACAAGAUAUACAUGCUUUAAAGUCGAACAUGCCUCAGGCAAGCCAAAACAUUCCGAACGAGAACCAAAGAAACAAUAGCAGUAGCUAACAAAUCUGUAUGACCAAUUUUUUACGGAAAGCAUCACUUGUUUACUCUGAAGCAAUCUGUAAAACGCACAGAUCAACCGUGUACAAUUUGAUGUUACAGCCAACAGACGAAUCGAAACACACCUGAAAGAAGAAAUUGGAUAUAUCGUGGAGUAAAAGAAGUUAAACACAUUUCCGAGAUUUGAUAUUGCGCAAUCUUAAGCGCAUUUGUCAGUCUGAUGUUUACUGAGUCUCCUUUGAGAUAAAUUAUUGCUAGGGAAAUCUUUAAUCGAACAAACUAGGUGUGGAAAUGUUAAGAAACGAGAAGGCCAGUUUCCAUCUACAGAAAAGGCAAAUGCAAAGAAAACACAAAUGCCCAUUUACAAUUAAGCGGUCGGAAUGUACAGAAAAUUCAAAAACAUCGUUCUUUAUUUUCAUGCUUAUAAUCAUGUAUUAUACUGUUGUUAUAUGUGAAGGAAAUCAUAUUUAACACUAUAGGCUGCCAUAGAAAAGCAAAAGAAAAGUAUGUUAUAUUAUUUGAUCUAUAAAUUAGAUGUUUAUCGUAAAAAUGAGUCGAAACCCGAGUUUAACCUAAAUAUCUUAGAAAGAUAACUUAAAUGACAGUACUUUUUUAUUGUGUCCUUCUCUUGUAUGUGAUAUAAGCCACAUAUAGAGUAAAUGAGAAAAAUAGACAAAAGUUGCCCAUUGAAAAUAAGACACAAUUGUGCAAUUUUUAUUACAGUUUUAGUAUAUCCGAGAAUUUUUCUCAGAAACGAAAGUAAAAAAUCAUAUGAAUUAUGGAAUUUAUAUAACUAUUUGCUAUACUUAAGUAAUACACUAUGUACUGAUGGGAAAAUUUAACAAAGGUUUUCAUGAAAAUUAAGUCAAAGGUUAAUUCAGUUUCUCUUUCUCAUAAUUGAAUACACGUUUCAAAGCGGACAUUCAAGUUUCAAGAUAUACGACAUAUGAUAGCUUAAAUUGAAAAGGUAUGUAAGGAAAUAGAAAACGAUUUCGGUUAGACUGGGGAUAAGUGCACACAAUAGAAUUUAUCAUAGUUUGAAGAUCGUACUUUUCUCCCCCGUAUUUUCUAUCAAUUCUGUCUCAUUUUGUAUAUGAUAUAUGUGACUAUGAUUUUUGUCUUAAUGUCUUUUGACUCGCUCAAUUAUACGAAACAAGUUUUACAACUGUCCUCUUAAAUUUAUCAUUGUAUGUAUUUCAAUAUUUUGCGCUAUAUACAUUACUUUUAAUAUGCGAUAUGGUAUAUAUCAUUUCAUGCUCAGAUGAUGGAUCUCGACACAGUACUCAUAAUGAUAUAAAUAAUGAUUAUGCAGAGAUAAUACCUAGCUUUUCAAACUUAGAGAGAAAAAAAAAGAAAAAAAGUAGUUUAAUUCUUCCAAGUCAACAAAGAAUAUUUUACAAAACGUGCAUCCUACUGCUGCUUUAUCAUAUCAAUAAAUGAUAUUUUUUUAAACAAACCAUGUGUCUUCAAUAACAACAAAAGUUUCCACUGGGGGUAUCAAGCAUGUAUAAAUAAUUCAUUUAUUUUUGGUACCAGUCAAAGGGCGAACAAAUAUGAUAUAUUCUUAAGAUGACGGAUUAUUUUGCAUCAUUGACAAAGAUCUGUUUGUAAACUUUUCAAAGAUAAAGUGAAGUAUCACAAUACAUUUUGCAAUGCAUAUAGUACAUAUUAGUUUGAACAAAAUGUCAAAUUUAUGAACAGGUGUUACAUUGCAUCUCAUGAUGAAUUAGUGAAGAAGGUGUAACUAUUGUGAUCUCUAGUAGGCAUCAUUUACUAUAACUUCCGUGAAACUGAUAAUCAAAUCUUCAUCAAGAUUCCUUUGGAAAUUUAUAUCGAAACUGAGAAAAAAUAGUAAACGCAGUUUAAUUGAGACUGUUAAGGAGAAGUAAU